CAGUGCAGCGUUAACUGAAGAAAAAGCAGCAUGUCACCCAAAAAAAGUGCCAUGUCCGACAUGAGCAAGGGCAAGAUCACCUUCUAUGAGGACAAGAACUGUCAGGGUCGCUCCUAUGAGAGCAAUGGCGACUGUGACAAUAUAUCCUCCCACCUGAGCAGAUGUAACUCCUUCAGGGUGGAGUAUGGAUUCUUCAUGGUCUACGACCGCCCCAACUUCACGGGAAACCAAUAUUUCGUUAGAAGAGGAGAAUUUGGUGAUCACAUGAGUACGAUGGGUUUGAAUGGCGGGAUUAAGUCUUGCUGUCAAAUCCCCUUGUAUAGUGGAGCCUACAGGAUGAGGAUCUAUGAGAGGGAGAACUUCGGUGGUCAGAUGUAUGAGAUGAUGGAUGACUGUGACGAC